AUGGCUUCCAAGUUAACUUCUGCCAUCGUAAAUCCCACUUUGACGCACAAAGCGACCGUCAUCUUUCUUCAUGGUCUUGGUGAUUCUGGUCAUGGCUGGUCAUUUAUGGCAGAGCAGUUCAAGUCGAUGGGUCAUGUAAAAUGGAUAUUUCCUAACGCACCAAUCGCUCCUGUGACUGCAAACAAUAACUUCAAAAUGCCUUCUUGGUUUGACAUAUAUUCUUUUGAUAAUUUGAAUAAGCAAGAUGAAGAAGGGAUCCUUCAUUGCGUCAACAUGCUUCACCAAUUGAUAGACGCUGAAGUUGCUGCAGGAAUUUCCAGCGACAAAAUCUUGAUCGGAGGUUUCUCUCAAGGUUGUAUGGUUUCCCUCUUUGCAGGAUUGACAUAUCCUAAACGCUUGGCUGGUAUCAUGGGCCAUUCUGGCUUCCUUCCACUUGAGCACGAGUUUCCAAAGAAUCUUUCAAAGGUUGCUAGAAACAUUCCUAUUUUUCUGGGUUAUAUGAAUAACGAUCCCAUUGUUCCUUCUGCUCUUUCUAGUGCUUCCGCAGAAUAUAUGAAGCAAAAGCUCCUUUUGAAUUGUAUGAACAAACUUUAUGACGGAGACAUGCAUUCCCCCUCCCCGGAAUCUUUCCUUGACAUGUAUAAAUUUGCACUUUCUACAAUUGGAACCGAUUAG